AAUGUUUGUUUGGGCUUGAACCGUGACCCGACUUUCAGAUCCUGCUCUUUCAGCUAUCAAAAUCAAAAUCAAAAUCAAAACCAAAAUCAAAAUCAAAAUCAAAAUCAAAAUCAGCCUUGACAACAAUCACCUCCAACCCCACCAAGAAAGUUUUCGAAAUUACUGCUUCCCCUAUCAACUGGUUCUGAAAUCCAAACCCUAAUUUUCCUAAUCCGAAACCCUAAUCGAACUAAUUUUCAAAUCAGUUAAGAAUUUCCGGCCGAAUCAGGAACCCUAGAUUCCAUGGCGUCGAGGAAAAAGGAAUCCGAAGGGAUUGCCUUGCUAUCCAUGUACAACGAUGAAGAUGACGAAGAAAUGGGAGACAUCGAAGAAGGUGACCACCGGCAAAACCAACAAACUGGGGAAGAAGAAGAAGAACAACAAGAAGGGCAGCCGCUAGAAGAAGAAAACGAUUACAGAGAAUCUAAUAACAAUAUGGAAGAAGAUUCGAGAACCAACGAUAAUACGCCUCCUUUUCCUCACCAAAACACCAAUCUUUCACAACAACAGCAGGAGCCUUCUGUUUCUUCGCCGCAGCAACCUCAAACUUUGGUUUCGUCGAAGAGAAGUGGAGGAGGAAGGCUGACCAUUGUUGAUUAUGGCCAUGAUGAAGCUGCCAUGUCACCGGAGCCUGAGGAAGGGGAACUAGGAAACAGUGAUGACCUCAUGAUUGGCAUAGAUCAACAGAAUGCCAAUGGUGACUUUCAAGGAAAAACGCCUCCGGGGGCUGUUCAGCUGACUCCACAAUCAUCGGACUUAGAACCAUUACAGCCUGAGACCUUGACCAAUGCUGUUAAUGAAUCAGAUGGUGUAGAAGUUGAGGAAGCCGUUUCUGUAGACAAUGUUGAUCCCUUGGAUAAGUUUCUUCCACCUCCACCAAAGGUCAAGUGCUCGGAGGAGCUACAAAGGAAAAUAGAUAAAUUUCUCAACUUGAAGAGAGCUGGAAAAAGCUUCAAUGCUGAAGUUCGGAAUAGGAAGGAUUAUAGGAACCCUGACUUUUUGCUGCAUGCUGUGAGGUAUCAAGAUAUUGAUCAGAUAGGGUCUUGCUUCAGUAAAGAUGUGUUCGAUCCUCAUGGAUAUGACAAAAGCGACUUCUAUGAUGAAAUAGAGGCUGAUAUGAAAUGUGAAAGGGAGAGGAAGGAACAAGAAAGCAAGAAGAACCAAAAGGUCGAAUUUGUACCUGGUGGAAAUCAACCUGGAGCGGUUCUUCCUGCUCCAAAAGUUAGCAUGCCUACUGCAGUUGCGGCUGGGAGUGGUUUGCCUUCAGGUCCGACUGCAGUGGAUAACAACAUUGUGCGGGAUGGUAGACAAAACAAGAAAUCAAAAUGGGAUAAGGUGGAUGGUGAUAGAAGGAAUCCUCUUCCUGCUGGAUCACAGCAUUCUCUAUCUGCUGCUGGAGCACAUACAGUUAUAUUAUCAGCUGCUAAUGCUGGAACCGGGUACACAGCUUUUGCACAGCAGAAACGGCGAGAAACAGAAGAGAAAAAAUCCAGUGAAAAGAGGUUGGAUAGAAGAUCUUAAAUUGAUCAUUUUUAGUUCUUGACGGUGUUCCAGAAAACUGUUUGUGAGGCUGAGAACCAGUCCUUUGCGUUUUUGCACCUUUGUAAUGUUUGUAUUGUACCUUGUAGAUCACUUACCUAAUUAUAGCCCCAUAUUGAUGCUGUAGUGAUGCAAUAAUGCUUUGCCCCUAGCUGUGUACCAUCGAGGUCUAACUUUUGGUCUUUCAGCUUUAACGCAGUAAAGCAAGCGUAGCACGAGAAAGAUUGGUCAAAAUCUCACAUUCCUUGUAUUAACCGAGAGGGAUGCAAAUAGUUCGAAGAGCCAAGCAAGCCAUGGUCAUAUCAUCUUCAUCUUGAAAGCAUUUGUCAUUCUUUUGAGCUUAAAAAUACAUGGCUAUCUCUUGGAUGUUUAUGUUACCAAUUUCUAUCAUAAUAUUUGUUGAGGCAAGCAGGUGGGGGUGAUUUCAAAUUUGCAUGAACUUUGCUGCCAAAAUUCGAGGCAAAAAUGACAAAAUAUAUAUUAGAUGGGGUCAUGGUCAUGGGGGUUGGAGAUAGAGAAAGGGGCUCAAAGAUCAAUGGUGCCUGUCUUUGUGUCUUUGGCAUCAAAUGAGAGACGUUGGAGAUUCGUACACUGUUCCCUGCAUACAUUUCAGUCUGAGGCUCAGAUCUUUAUUUAAAGCAAUUGUUUCUGGUUGAAUUA